GCCACAGAGCGGAAAGUUCUCAAGUAGACGGUACUUUAAGGUCAUAUACUUGUUUCAGUUUUUAGUGUGAAUUCUGCCGCACAAUCCCCUUUUAGACAAAGCCUCGUGUAAAACACUUGUUUUCUUGACUGACAAUAAAUUUUAAAAUGUCAUUUGACGUGUCCAUAACUUGGUAGGCAUAAAAACAACCCACUGUAUUUAAAAGGCUCGUUUUCAUCACAAACUGACAUCAUCUACAUAAUGGACUUGGCAACUAAAUCUGUUCAAUCCACCCGUUUGUUUUGCUCUUACUGUUUUAAAAACUUCACUACUGUUGGAUGUUUUUCUGAUUGUAUGUGUGUACUAGUACAUAUAUUCAAACAGUACGUUACGUAUAAUUGUCGACAAAUUUCUCCCAAAUACACGGCUUAAGGGGGAAGAAUCGAAAUUUCCCCUAAAUAACCGACGCGAAGCCGAAAAAGCGACAGUUUUUCUUUAUUAACGCCUUCGCCUACUUUGUUCACCCUUAUUUUCCUUUUAUUUGUUGCUUGGGUUAAUCAUCCUCAAAUUUAUUGUGCUGAAAUAUUUAAAAACUUGAAAUGUAAUAUUGCGGGAGUAUUCGCACACCGAAUAUUCCAUCGUUUACUGGCACAAGGAAAAGCAUCUAAGGUUUUCCGAGCUCACUAGCGAAAGCCGCUUCAGGGUGUUAUCGGAAGUAGAGCAUAACGAUCUAAUUGUUAAGUCGCCAUGUACCUUGUUUUGGCGUAGCUUCGUCCUUUAGCCAGAUGCUAAGACCUAUGCGGACAUUUUUUACGGCUUAUGUUGGUUAGUAAAAUUGCUCUGGUUAACAUUAACUACUAAUCAUGGAACUUUAAUCCUUGGUAUAUCACAAUUGAAAGGGAUGUAUAAAUGUAACUUCGCAUAUCCAAUGAAUCCGCAUAAACUCCCACAGUUGAAUAAUACCAUCGUUACAACAGAAUAAGCGUUUCAGUAGCAAGUUUGUUUCUACAACACAAUUUAUGAGUUUGGAUUAUAUGAGGCUUUGUUCUGUCACUGUAUCACCUUAUCCCACUGUGCAGAUAUGAUGAGAAAAUUAGAACAUGCAUAUGUGUGCUAAUUCCUACGAUGUCUAUAAUCAGUUGACUAACAUCUGUAGUUCUGAUCCUAAUUUCAUGUAACCAUGAAUACCUUGAUUUAUUUUGGUUUGUUGUUAAAGUUGCAAAUAUGAAAGUUGGCUUAUGUGAACGUUCGGCUAAACCGUCACUGUAAAAUUAGAUGUGUUCUUCGGUGCCGCCUAUUAUUAAGCAUAUAUGUCCAGUACUAACCAAUUAGUCUACAAAGUCUCUUGAUAUGAAUCCAUUUGAAAACAAAUUCAGCAGUGAUCAUAGAUUAAGUGAUAUUAUUUUCCUGAAUUUUUCUUUCUGUCAAGUAAAACCCGAGCAAAUUAUUCCGGCUGAAGUGGAUUACUUUUUCAAAAAUGGUGAGGUCUUUGCAUUUGCAAGGAAAAAUAAGAUAAUUAAAAAAGCUUAUCAUAUACUGCAGCAAGAAACAUGAAAUGUGAGCAGUUUUAUGGUACGAGGAACAACACAUUAUCACAUAUUUGGAUCAAUUAGCCUCUUUCUUAAAUAUCUAUCGAAAUUUACAUUAGGAUCGAAAUACUUGUAAGACAUUAGAUUUUUGUAAGAUGCGAUUGUGUCUAUUUGGAUAGGUCACUUUUGCAGUCUAUGGUGUCCUUAGCCACAUUCCAACAUUGAAAGUGUAUCAAAUAUUGAUUGACUUCUUUCUAUCAAGCUUUAUGUUUGUAAUUUCAACUUUACAUUUGUAUUUCAUACUUCAGUUAUUCUAUUCCUACAAAUUUCUUACUAGGUCCUCUUGUGUUAUGAUGGUUUCUCAGAAUUAAGUAAAAAUGCUGAAGUGACUAAAUGAAAAACCUGAGUCCAACUUCUGUAUUCUGCUGUACCUAUAAAUUUUAUUUACAAAACACAAAUCAGCCGUAUAUUAAAUGUAAGUGCUUUCCAUAAGUUUAUGCAAUCCUUGUAUUUUCAGCAAUGUAAGAUUUAAAAAAGAGACCGUAAGUUGAUGUGUUCAAUUAUCUGUGACUCAUUCAUGGUCUAAAUGACAUCAAGCGAUUGUUGAAAGCUUUAAGAUUAUACUUAACUAGUAUAUGCAGUAGUUUCCAUAAAUGACAAAACAUAACUUUAAAGUUUUCUGAUUAUUUCAAAUGUUAUUACAUUCUGUUUUUACAGAAUCAUCACUAUUUUCCUCGACUACUGAGAAUUUUUAAAGACAAUAAUUUUCAUUUAUCGUUAACCUCGUAACUAAAAACUUGAUCUCGUCAGGUGGUGGGAAACCCGCAUUUUCACCAACGUACUUGUAGAUAGAUAGGAAAUAUCGCUAAAUCGUACAGAAAUAUACUAAUCAAUACCGGUUACGUGAACCUAUAUUUAAUCACUGAUAUGGAACAAUAUUUUCCCCACUUAUUUUCAGUUUUUGUGCUGAUUGGAGAGUAGUUUUUCUUUCAUAGGCUUCUUAGCGAAAGUGUGAUAUAAGCAUAACGUAGAGGAACCAUAAGAAGUCCAUGCUGUUCCCUGUUGUAAAAGAAGAACCCAUCCCACAAACUCAAUGCGAUGCAUAGCCUACUAUUUACAACUGUGAAUUCGUCGGUGUUAACAUUUGUGCGAUUUUGGUAUUUAAAUCUUUUCAUAACCAAACCAACUAUUUACUUACAUCUAUUUCUAGCUAAGAAGUUGACUGAUGCAAUUCAUUUAUGUCUUCUAGGUCCAGUUCCUCCAUGUAAUAUCAUAAGUUAUACAGCUUUCCUCCAGAAAUGAACCAAACUCCCCAAGAACGUCUGGAUGCUCUUCUUAAGUCUGCCGAAGAUUUCACUAUCAUUCAAAAUAUAGACAUUUCCCACUAUGCACGGUUUAUCCGGUCGAUGUUUCGCUUAUCUGUCCAGUUCUCAGAAGCAGGCCAAAAAGAAAGAGCGUACAUAUUGUCCAUAAGAGCUGUUUUGUGUAUCCGAGAGUUACCUAAUCAUAAUGGUUACCAGAGACUGGAUCCACGUGUUCAAAACGAACUCAAAAGUCUUGGUAAAUUACUUCCAAAAUCUGCUGAGUUCUUGAAGGAUGAUUUGAAAAAGAAGUACACAGAGGAAUAUGAGCUGUAUAAAAAGUCACUUAGUAUAACUGAAUGGAAAGUGAAUACUAAUGGGCCAGUGGUACCUUUUCUUGAUCAUAGUUCAAAGCCGUAUGAUGACUAUCCAGUUGAUCCCAACUCUUAUAGACUCUCUUUGUCUAACUUAUCUUCAGUCAACGGAACGUUAUAUCCUGCUUUUAAUAAAGCCUUCAACUAUACUCUCGAUGAGCUCCCAAAAUCUUUGUUCAGUAACUACGCAGGAAAUUAUGGUUUGACGAAAACAUAUUUAUCCAGACAUCUGAUAAGUGACUUUUUGAACCUAGCUAGUAAAAAUACUAAAGGAAAUCGAGAAACUUGUGGGACUCUGUGUGGGAAAUUAAUUAGUGGCAAUUUCUAUAUUACAAAUCUUCUAAUUCCGAAGCAAAGCGGUACUCCAGACUCUUGUGUUACAUAUAAAGAAGAGGAAAUAUUUGAGUACUUAGACAGGAGGCAGCUGAUCACAUUGGGUUGGAUUCAUACACAUCCUACUCAAACUGCAUUCUUAUCGGCUGUUGAUCUACACUGUCAGCUUUCUUAUCAGACUAUGCUUCCGGAAGCGAUUGCAAUUGUAUGCGCUCCUAAAUUCGAUGAUAUUAAAUGUUUUUCAUUAACUCCUGAUCACGGCAUUUCAUUCCUGUCAAAAUGCAAAAAGACAGGUUUCCAUCCACAUGCCACAGAUCUUCCAUUAUAUGAACAAAGUCAACAUGUAAUAUUUGACGAUACUGUUGAACAUUCUUCUGAUGAUCUCCGAUAAUCUGAAAGUCCACAGUGUUUGUACACAUACAGCCGUACAUCCAACAUCAAAAGAGCAAAGUAAGUGAUCCUGUCGAAAAAGACUACA